GCCAUUGUUGAAGAUUCAGCUUCAACAAUUCGGAAACGAAAGCGGUAAAGUAACGUAGUUCAGUUAGUUAUCCUUUCGAGAAAAAAUCUCUUGCAUUAGAUGAAAUCUCUUCAUAGUCAACUUGUGGCCUUUGUGGCGGUUGCAAUCGUCGUACAAUCCACAAAUGCCGAGCACAGACAACAGCGUCCCAGUUGUGAAAGUCUUGUAGAAGGCACCCAUCUGCCUGAUCCUUCCCGAUGUGCCGGCUAUUAUAUCUGCACCAGCGGCAAAGCUGUUCAUCACAGCUGCCGUUCGGGACAAUUCUACGACGAGGUCCACCAAUCCUGCCAAUUGAUCAAUUUGGUUAACUGUGUCGAUUUCCAUGGCUUAGGUCGACGCGUUUCGGCUAGGCUGAAACCUGCUGCUGAUCCUCCAAAGGAACCUUUUUCGACCACAGCUGCUCCUUGCGCAGAAACUACAAAGCCGCCAUGUGAUAAGCCAAAGACAACUACUCCCUGCAAUAUAAAGACACCACCCCCCACCACCACGUGUGAACCAUCAAAGCCUGAACCUCAAACCACAACACCAUGUGAACCUGAGAAACCACCCACAACUACUCCAUGUGCACCAGCUUCCACAACAACAACAACUUGUGCGCCACCGCCACCACCUACCACAACAACAACUUGUGCACCACCACCUACCACAACCACACCUUGUGAACCUUCCACUACCACCUCAUGUGCCCCUCCAACAACCACACCAUGUGAACCUUCCACAACCACCUCAUGUGCCCCACCAAAAACCACACCAUGUGGUCCACCUACAACCACACCGUGUGAACCUUCCACAACCACCCCUUGUGGACCGCCUUCAACUACCCCAAGGGCCCCUCCAAAAACCACCCCAUGUGCCCCUCUGAAAACUACCACAUGUAAACCUUCCACAACCACCUCAUGUGCCCCUCCAACAACCACCUCUUGUGGACCACCUACAACUACCCCUUGUGCCCCUCCAAAAACCACCCCAUGUGAGCCUUCCACAACCACCUCAUGUGCCCCUCCUACAACCACCCCAUGUGGACCUCUCACCACCACCCCAUGUGCCCCUCCAACAACUACACCAUGUGGACCACCCACAACUACUCCAUGUGUCCCUCCAACAACCACCCCAUGUGGACCUCUCACCACCACCCCAUGUGCCCCUCCAACAACCACCCCAUGUGGACCACCUAGAACCACCCCAUGUGCUCCAACAACAACCACCCCAUGUGGAUGUGGACCACCUAGAACCACCCCAUGUGCACCUGCCACCACCACCCCUUGUCACCCAGCAAUUACAACACCUUGUGACUUACCAAGAACAACAACUUGUGAGCCAACAACAAUAGCGCCUGCAAAACCGAGUCUCCUCGACAAACUGAUCCAUAAACCUCUGCUGAACUUGCUGAGCUUGUCCAAUAAGGACUGUCUACUCCGGACUGAUGGAACUUUCCUGCAGGACUCUAGGCACUGUCGCCGAUACUACGAAUGUCAAGGUGGCGUCCGCAAGCUGCACAGUUGUAGAUCAGGCAGUUGGUUCGAUAUUGAGGCCGGAGAAUGUCGUAAUCGUAGCCUGGUGCUCAACUGUGCCGCCCAACGAAAUUAAUCCGUGAGCUUUCUUA